CGAUUGGCUGUGGCUGAUAAUGAUCACAGGUUUAAUGAGUCUUUGACUUUGAAAGUGUUUGUUGAACGCAAAGAGUCGUGUUUGCACGAUAUAUUAGUAAGUAUUUGUUAUUUUUAUUUAUCAAAAAUUUACAUAGGAUACGGUUGACCUAAAAUACGGAAGUGAAUCAAGACUGAAUGGGAACGUACGUGUGAUGUUUAAACUGUGUCCGCUCUUAUUCGACAAGAGACAACAGUGAAAGUCUUACUGUGUUAUAUAUAUAACAAAGUACACUAAGCAUUGUUUUAGUGGGAUUGAGGAACCUUUAUCUGACCCAGUGAAGAAUAUUAUCCAUGAUGUGGAGCUACAAGCAUCUAUCAGCGGCGAUUUUAGGGUUUAUCACAAUCCUAACCAUUUCCUUGACGUGCCAUGGGUUCGAACUGACCAUUCUCCACACCAACGAUGUCCACGCGAGAGUUCAGGAGAUGAACGCGUUUGGGGGCCAGUGCUCCCCCGAUAAGGACUGUUUUGGGGGAGCGGCUAGGAUGAGGACAAAGAUUGAGGCCCUCCGAGGGGAACAUCCAAACACGCUGCUACUGGACGCAGGGGACCAAUUCCAAGGGACCCUUUGGUUCACUCACUACGGGGGCAGGGUCACGUACACGAUGAUGAAUCUAUUGGGAUACGAUGUCAUGGCCUUAGGAAACCACGAGUUUGACAACAACAUUGAGGGACUCCUGCCAUUCCUUCAGAACGUGAACUUCACCAUUCUCAGUUCAAACAUAAAUCUGGAUUCGGACCCCAGAAUCAAACCGUAUGUCAAGAAGAGUUACGUCACAGAAGUGGGCGGGGAAAAGAUCGGGGUCAUAGGUUAUACUACAAAGGACACGCCCAUGAUAUCUCAGCCAGGUGAGUAGCACUAAAAAGGGGUGGGUGGU